AUGCUGCGCUGGCCCUCGGCAUACAUGUGCCACAUCACCAACCGCGUGCGCCACAACGCGUACGGCCAACAGAUCGCCAUCCACAUGGUCAGCACUGCAGCCGAGCAGGAAGCCAUUAUUAAAGCCAUCAAGCCCGAUGACUCCCGCAAGGGCCUCUCGAUUAACUACGACCAGGAGGUCAACACGCUCUCACACGUGAAUUACUCCAUGCCAAACCUCGAGAGUGAGGUCUGGCCGGGCCUGGACUAUGCAGGGUGUUCGCUAGACAACCAUACGGAUCCCCUGGCGCCGAAGCACGCAGCUGAUUCGGUGUAUGAGGGAGUGGGCGGGGAGCCGUAUAUCCCGCGGCCGAUUGUGAGCAUGCACGUGCGGCAAGGAGACAAGGCGCGCGAGAUGCAACUGAUCUCGUUCCCCUCGUAUGUGUUCAUGGCCAAUAGGCUCAGACGGAGGAUACCGCACCUCAAAUACGUGUGGCUCAGCACUGAAAUGCAGAGCGUGGUAGACCAGGCGGGGAAAUACAACGACUGGACCUUCUUCUACUCCACAAACCUCCGACAGACCGGCGCAAUCUCCAUUCUUCAAUACGAGGAGACUGUCGGGGUAGCAAAGCUUGCAGGGCUCAGCUUCGCCAACCUGCUCAUCUCAUCACAGGCGGAUUACUUUGUGGGAGUGCUGGGGUCCAACUGGAACCGGCUUAUUAAUGAGCUCAAGGCCACCAGUGGGAGGCUGUAUGCGGGUUAUGUGUCGGUGAAUUACGACGAGUGGUAG